CUGUGACCUGGUUUAUUUUUGUUGUAAAUUAUUUUUUUUAAUAUGGAACCUAAUUUCGCCCAAGCUAAUAGUGAAAAUUUGCCUGAAGUAAAUUAUAUUAUGAUUCAGGAGUUUUUUGCGAAGAAUAUGGACUAUUUCAGUGUUGAAUUUAGAAGUGCAAAGAAUAUUAGGGCAUCCAGAGCUUGUUAUGGAGAUGAAGCAAUAGGAUACGUACAAGUCAAACAUGAUACAAAUAUUUGUACUGUUAAAGGCAGAGUUGUUCCUGAACAUCGAGUUCACCAACAGGCAUAUAGUGUUACAGCACGAUUUGACGAAGAGAAUGAUGUUAUAAUAAGUUGUCAAUGUGAAAAUUGUGCUGCAUCUCAAGGUGGGUGUAAACAUGCUAUUGCGUUCUUAUAUUGGAUUUUCCGGAGAAACAAUGAGAAAAGUCCUACUUCUGUGGAAAUUUUCUAGAGAAAGUGGUACAAGCUGCUAAAGAUGUUGACAGUUCAGCGCAACUCCUUCAUUAUUUUAAGGAACCUUCGGACAUAAAACAAUUGUCUAUGCACAUUUUAGUAAAUUAUUAUUUAAAACAAAAGGAUAAUAUCAAUGCAGACAAAUUUUUGGAAUAUUGCGAGUCACGAAUGACUAAAGAACUUUGUGCCUUAGCUGCAAGAGACAUCUUUUCAGUCUAAGUCUCCUGUGUGGUAUGAGCUUAGAUAUGGAAGAAUCACCGCUUCUAAAAUUUUUGAAGCUGUAGCAAAACAAAGGACGGUGCAUUUGUGGAAUCUAUUUUUGGUACUUCCAAUAUGACACAAACUAGUGCCAUGAAGAGAGGUUUAGAGUUAGAGGAAAAAGUUUUAAAAGUUGUAGCAAAAAAAAUAGGAAUAAACUAAGUCUGGACUAAUUUUAAAUAAAAAAUAUCCAGCAUUGGGGGCGUCACCUGAUGGAGUCAGUGAUAAAUAUAUUUUGGAAAUUAAAUGUCCAACAAAAAAAGAAACACUUAAGAACUACAUCAAGCCUAAUGGAAAAUUAAGAGCAAAAUUUCAGGCUCAAAUACAUUUACAGAUAUUAUUUUGCGAAAAAGAAAAAGGACUCUUCUGCAUCGCUGACCCAAAUUUUGAAAUAAUAAAAAAUGCUAUGGAAUUUUGGAAAGAAGUAAUAUUUCCUAUUUUAAUA